AUGACGCUGUUUAAGGCGCCACGACUCAAUAGGGUGGAACGCCAUUGUGCGUUAUCUGCUCCAUUUGAGCCGGGCGAAAUUUGUCAGCUAGAGAAUGUGUCUGGGCUUGAGAAAGUUCCUGUGUUAGAGAAAGUUCCUGAGCUAGACAAAGUUCCUGAGCUAGAGAAAGUUCCUGAGCUAGAGAAAGUUCCUGUGCUAGAGAAAGUUCCUGUGCUAGAGAAAGUUCCUGUGCUAGAGAAAGUUCCUGUGCUUGAGAAAGUUCCUGUGCUUGAGAAAGUUCCUGUGCUUGAGAAAGUUCCUGGGCUUGAGAAAGUUCCUGGGCUUGAGAAAGUUCCUGUGCUAGAGAAAGUUCCUGUGUUAGAGAAAGUUCCUGAGCUAGACAAAGUUCCUGAGCUAGAGAAAGUUCCUGAGCUAGAGAAAGUUCCUGUGCUAGAGAAAGUUCCUGUGCUAGAGAAAGUUCCUGUGCUAGAGAAAGUUCCUGUGCUUGAGAAAGUUCCUGUGCUUGAGAAAGUUCCUGUGCUAGAGAAAGUUCCUGUGCUAGAGAAAGUUUCUGUGCUAGAGAAAGUUUCUGUGCUAGAGAAAGUUCCUGAGCUAGAGAAGGUUCCUCUCCUAGAGAAAGUUCCUGUGCUAGAGAAAGUUCCUGUGCUAGAUAAAGUUCCUCUGCUAGAGAAAGUUCCUGAGCUAGAGAAAGUUCCUGUGCUAGAGAAAGUUCCUGUGCUAGAGAAAGUUCAUGUGCUAGGGAAAGAUCCUGUGCUAGGGAAAGAUCCUGUGCUAGAGAAAGUUCCUGUGCUAGAGAAAGUUCCUGUGCUAGAGAAAGUUUCUGUGCUAGAGAAAGUUCCUGUGCUAGAGAAAGUUCCUGUGCUAGAGAAAGUUUCUGUGCUAGAGAAAGUUUCUGUGCUAGAGAAAGUUUCUGUGCUAAAGAAAGUUCCUGUGCUAGAGAAAGUUCCUGUGCUAGAGAAACUUCCUGUGCUAGAGAAAGUUCCUGUGCUAGAGAAAGUUCCUGUACAAGAGAAAGUUCCUGAGUUACAGAAAGUUCCUGUGCUAGAGAAGGUUCUUGUGCUAGAGAAAAUUCCUGAGCUAGAGAAAGUUCCUGUGCUAGGGAAAGUUUCUAUGCUAGAGAAAGUUCCUGUGCUAGGGAAAGUUCCUAUGCCAGAGAAAAUUCCUGAGAUAGAGAAGGUUCUUGUGCUAGAGAAAGUUCCUGUGCUAGGGAAAGUUCCUAUGCUAGAGAAAGUUCCUGAGCUAGAGAAAGUUCCUGUGCUAGAGAAAGUUCCUGUGCUAGAGAAAGUUCCUGUGCUAGAGAAAGUUCCUGUGCUAGAGAAAGUUCCUGAGCUAGAGAAAGUUCCUAUGCUAGAGAAAAUUCCUGAGCUAGAGAAAAAGGUUCUUGUGCUAGAGAAAGUUCCUGUGCUAGAGAAAGUUCCUGAGCUAGAGAAGGUUCUUGUGCAAGAGAAAGUUCCUGUGCUAGAGAAAGUUCCUGUGCUAGAGAAGGUUCUUGUGCAAGAGAAAGUUCCUGUGCUAGAGAAAGUUCCUGUGCUAGAGAAAGUUCCUGUGCUAGAGAAAGUUCCUGUGCUAGAGAAAGUUCCAGUGCUAUAG